AGAAAAACGCAGACCCCCUCUUGGUGGGCCUGGUGACGCACGCGAAUCCGCUGCUACUGCUCUCUCUCUCGCAAGCAAAAGGACUCGCGAGUCGGAGCGCAGGCCCACCGAGCAGAACCCAUCUAGUCCUUCCUACCAGGCGAACCCAUGGCGGCGGUGGCGGCGGGCGGCGGCGGCGGAGGGAAGGUGUCCUUCAAGAUCAUCCUCACCUCCGACCCCAAGCUCCCCUUCAAAGUGUUCAGCGUGCCCGAGGCGGCGCCCUUCACCGCGGUGCUCAAGUUCGCCGCCGAGGAGUUCAAGGUCCCGCCCCAGACCAGCGCCAUCAUCACCAACGAUGGAGUUGGCAUCAACCCCCAGCAAAGUGCAGGCAACGUGUUUCUGAAACAUGGUUCAGAGCUGCGUCUCAUCCCUCGUGAUAGAGUUGGAGGUGUGGAUGUAUCUUUCUAGAUGAUACAGUACAUUAUGAGCAAAACUCGAGCGAAUAAAGUUUGAUGUUAGCUGUGCUUGGUUGUAAAAUUUGACAUGAAUAAAUAUAUGAACAUACAUGUUUCCUAUAAUUUGUAUGUUCUUCCGCUUGCACUUGGUGGCUCGAAGAAUGUAGAAACAGAUUUCUGCA